CAAUUUGUAGUUCCUCCAGUGGGGGGCGAAAUGUUGUCAGAUUUGUGCAGUGAACACAGUCACUCAGGUAACUUGGCAAAAGGAGAAGCUAGAACCUAAGCGGAGGGUAGACAGGAGCCGUACAUAUCCAGAUACUUCUGCAAAACGAUUUUCAUUGCACCAGACUAAAACAUGGCUGUGAAAAGUAGAAAACAAAACGGGAAGGAUCAACCGCUGCAGGCCAACGACAGGGGUCCUCUUGUAUCGCCAGGUAACGGGAAAAGUAGACGAGCAGGAAAAGAUUGCAAAGGCAACCCUUUCAACAGCUUGCUUCACAAUAAAAAUGGACAAUUUUCGGGGUUAUCUUUCAUCAGAAGUAAGCUUGGCCUUACUCCGUCUGCUUUUGUGAAGCUUGUAUUCACAGUCGUUCUUGCUGCUUUGGCUGGCUAUUUACAUUGGCAUCAUCUUUCUCGCCUCUUUGAGAAUGACAGACACUUCUCGCAUCUGUCUGGACUGGAAAAGGAAAUGGCAUUUCGGACAGAAAUGGGCUUAUACUACUCCUACUUCAAGACCAUCAUUGAAGCCCCAACCUUUCUCAACGGCCUGUAUCUGGUCAUGAAUGAUCAACUUACAGAAUACCCACUGAUUAUAAACACCCUGAAGAGGUUCAACCUCUAUCCAGAGGUUGUCCUGGCCAGCUGGUACAGAAUCUACAUAAGUAUAAUGGACUUCCUUGGGCUACCUACUAAAAUGUGUUGGUCAAUCAAUAGAGGAGAGGGCAUGUCUGCAGUGGACGGCUGUGAAGGUAUGGGUGACCCCGCCUACUUCUAUGUGACAUUCGUGUUCCUCCUCAAUGGGCUGAUGAUGAGUGUGUUCUUCCUCUACGGUACAUACCUCAGUGGCAGCCGACUCGGUGGCAUGGUCACUGUCCUGUGUUUUUUCUUCAACCAUGGAGAGAGCACCCGGGUCAUGUGGACUCCGCCCCUGAGGGAGAGCUUCUCAUAUCCCUUCCUGGUCCUGCAGAUGUUACUCCUCACACACAUCCUCCGGACUCGCAACCCCAGCAAGAAGGCAAUGUGGGCGCUGGGCAUCUCCACUUUGUUCUUCAUGCUGCCCUGGCAGUUUGCCCAGUUUGUGCUACUCACCCAGGUGGCCUCUCUCUUUGCCUCAUACAUCUUGGGAUACCUCAGCCCCAUCAAAAUGCAGUCCCUCUUAGUGACACACAUGAUGACGCUGGCUGUGUGCUUUGUUCUGAUGUUUGGAAACUCCAUGCUGUUGACCUCCUUCUAUGCCUCCUCACUGGUCUCCAUCUGGGGAAUAAUCGCCCUGCGGGACACAUUUUCGGUAGCCUUCAAACCGGGUCUCCUCACAUGGGUCAUGCAGGGCCUGGUAUGGGUUGUCUCCACUGUCAUUCUGAAGUUCAUGCUGUCAGCCAUCUUUGGAGCUGCUGAUGAUGCUCACAUCAGCAGCCUAAUCAAAUCUAAGUUCACCAGCUACAAGGACUUUGACACAAUGAUGUACACAUGUGCUGCCGAGUUUGAUUUCAUGGAGAUGGAGACCCCUCUGCGCUACAUGAAGACCUUGCUGCUUCCCGUCAACAUGUUGGUGGUUGCGGUUAUAGCGGGACUGACAAUCCAGGACGUUUUAAGGUUCCUGGGCAAAGGACAGAAGUAUUCUGUCAGACCUGAGGACGAUGACAACGAAGAGCCGGAAAUGUUGGCAAAAGGAGAGCUGGUGUACCAUAGCCUACAGUUGGUAGCGUUUGCCGUGCUGGCGAUGCUCAUCAUGCGUCUCAAACUCUUCCUUACACCUCAUAUGUGCAUCAUGGCCUCAUUGAUGUGCUCCAAACAGUUGUUUGCCUGGAUAGGGGAGAAGUUCAAGCUCCACAUGAUGGUGUUCGCUGUCCUGGCCGUCAUGGCCGUUCAGGGGUUGGCCAACUUGCAGGCCCAGUGGGGCAUCAUGGGAGAAUUUAGCAACCUGCCUCAGGAACAGCUGCUGGAAUGGAUUAAAGACAACACCCGGCCCAACGCUGUGUUUGCCGGAGCCAUGCCCACUAUGGCUAGUGUGAAGCUUUCAACAGGCCGGCCCAUCGUCAACCACCCACACUACGAGGACGCUGGACUGAGGGCAAGGACUAAGCUGGUCUACGCCAUGUAUAGCCGCAAGCCUGCCGAUGUGGUGAGGAGGAACCUGAUGCAACUGGAGGUGGACUACUUUGUUCUAGAAGACUCGUGGUGCACCCGGCGUUCCAGGCCCGGCUGCAGUAUGCCUGAGAUCUGGGAUGUGGAGGACCCCCAGAAUGCUGGGAAAGUCCCCCUCUGUACACUCAUGUCCAGGGACUCCAGGCCCCAUUUUGCCACUGUCUUUCAAAACAAUGUUUACAAAGUGCUUAAAGUUCCCAGAGCAGCUAAAGAGUUAAGAUAACCACUGAUUUGUCCAGUUUUAGCAAGACCUUCUAGUAUUUUCACCACGUCUGACCUGGUGCAGGUUUUCAUAUAGUUCCCUUUUCCUUUGGUCCGUCUCCCUUCUGAGGUACCACUGCUUUUUAGGUCUCCCUUUCUUAAGGCCCUUUUGAAGCAGUGGACAAAUAGGAUGGCCUGAAUAAUAGGGUGUCACCCUUGUGCUAUGAUUUGUGAGGACUUUGUUUCCCCAUUUAUUCUAUUAUAAUUGUUACUGCAUUCUGCCAGUCCAAGGCCAGUUUCAAUUAAUGUGGGCUUCCUGAGCAGAGACAAAUUCAAGAAGUGUACGUUUCUUUAGAAAGUUUGUUUGUGGCAGACAUAGAAUAUAUUGUAUGUGUUCUGUUCAUUUUGGGUUGAGCUACAAUAUGUCACUUUUUUGGUGUGUUUAAUUAUAAACACAAAUCUGUGUUUUCUGUCUAAUGUGAAGCAGUACUAUUUACAAACAUGACAAAGGUUAUGUUUGUUUACCACACGAUUCUUAGUAUUGAUCGGUAAUCUGGCGGUAUUCCUUCCUAUACAGUAUUUUGUUUUUCCAUAAUUUAUUACUGUAAGCAUUUUACUUUAUGAUUUUAUGCGAACAUAUACUGAAAGUUAUAAGAACAAAACUAUGUUUUUGAUGUCAGGCAUAUUUUGUGUUUGUAUUUUUAUGCUUUUUUGCAAAUGCUUAAUGUGUCUAAAUAAUUGUGAGUAUUUAGAAUUUUUAUCUUCUGACAUGUGAUAUAAUUCUGUUAUUGCCAAAGCAAAGUUUAGUUAAAGUACUGGUGUUACAGCAGCAAAUAUCAGGAUGAUGUAGCACACCUAACCUUUAUUCUUUUAAAGAAGUAGAAUAUGAUCAUCUGCAAAAUCUUUUGUCCUACAUAUCCAUUGCAAAUUGUAGCAGUGCAUUAACAUAGAUAACUCAUCCAACAUCAGGGUUUUGGAAUCUGAUUUGAUAGAGACAUGAUGAGUAUUUCAGGCAUAUUUGGAGUUGUUAAAGGAGCAAUAUGUAGAUUCUAUUCUUUAUGAAGAAAGCAAGAUGAAUUACAGUAACACACAAUACACAUUCAAACCAACUCUUCCAAACCAGCAAGGUAAAGAUACUUUUAUAAUAGACAUUCAGUGGAUAAUUGGUUUCUCUUGUUAAUAGCUAUUAUGGCAAGCAUUACAGGACUGGAAAUGUAUUUGAGAAACAAAAUAACCAAAGAAUGUCUUUUAUAAAACAAACUUUUCCUUGCACUAGUGAGUUUCGUUUUUGGAAAUUGCUUUUCUUACUUUAACCGCAAUUGUGAACCGUAUAGACUUAAAGCAACAAGGAAAUAACAGAUUGAUUUGGUGUUCCACAAUUUUCCGUUGUUUGUAGAUGUGAUUGUGGAGAGGGGGGGCUGCAGUGACCAGUAGAAAGUUUCUAAAUUUUAGGAUGCGCUUUACUAUGGAUCCAAAAUAAUUUUGGGGUAAUUAAAUAUUGUGAAACAUUAUCAUUCCACUAUUAAUGAAGAUAUAUUAUGAACAUGUUCUAAAAUUGCAGUGAAAAAAAUUCUAGAUAUUGCUUUGUCAUGUACAACACAGGUAGUGAAGAUCAUGAAAUUGUAGUGUUCAACACGUGUCAUUUACAUAUGUUGAGAAAACACAACAUUUGAAUUUGACACAUCUCCAGGGCAGAGAAAGACUACACCCACUUGGCAGUUGUGAACUCUAUACACAUUCUUUCUUUGUUUAUACUGCUUUUUGUGACUGAAAGUCAUCCAUGACUUUCAGUCAUGUGCAUCCAUAUUAAAUGAGAUCAAGGGUCAGAUUGAAGAGGGCUCUAUAUCUCUGCCUGAUCAGUGUUGUCUAUCCCUGGGACUCACUGUCCUUUACCCCUGAAGUUAAUAUAAAGCAGUUGACUGCAGAAUAGCUUCAAUAUCAGUGCCCUGUUAAAGGGUCCAAACUCUACUUUCUCUGCCGUUUCUGCUACACUGGUAGUUAACAGGCUCCUCUGCCAGAUGUAAUCAAACUAGAGAGCAAUGUUAUUUAAUGUCUGGAAGAUUCCAUAACUAAUACAUCAUUUUUAAACUACCUAACAGGACUGAAUAUAUUAAGAUAGUACAGUAUAACAAUGCUGUAAGUCAGACAAUAACCCCAUAGCCUAGAAUCAAGAAUGGUAAUUCCUCUAGAUUUAACAUUCAUGCGAGAUCAUGCAGUAUAUCUAUGAAUUUUGAAGCAGAUGGGGUCAACUAACUGUAAAGUACUACAAUAUGUAUUUCGCCUACUGGCACCUGCUGUUAAUCAUGACUGGCACAUGUAGAGAAGCUCUGGAAUCUCAGUUCUCUGUUUUGACAGACUAGAUGCUGAAAUGGUCAGAUCCACAGCCAGCCUGUAUUUCACAAACCCCAGUGUUCUUUCCAGUGUACAAGCCCAUUGUAAUAUUGGGUGGUCCUCAUUUCGCCAUUAAAGUUGAGGCUUUUUAGCAAUAAACAUGAAGUUACAGGAAUGUGUCCAUACAGUGCCAACACAGACCCAUACAGUAUUGUUACAUUAUCAACUAAAUGCAAGGUGGAAGCUGGAAAUAUAUUUAAUUGUGUUCUGGAACUUCUGUGACAUUCUUUUCAUGAAUAACACACAGCAGGAGCUUCUGAGUUUGAAUGGUUUCUUUUUGUUUGUGUCUGGCUCCUCAAGGUACUCAAGUGUUCUUGAGGUACUGAAGUGCCCGUAGUGGUGUGGUGUUGAACCACUGAACCAGAAACAUUAUGAUGUCACUAAUUUGACACGUUUCUUGUGAUAUGCCUAGCAUUGUUGAAGAUGUAUUUUCUUAUACUUGUCUACUUUCUGUCUUUUGAAAAUAAAAUGUUUCUUAUGAGA